UUUCCUUUGGCCAAGGGCAGCAAGCUUACUGGAGGAGAAUGGGGUCUGGGUCUUCGCUUUAGGGGAUGGGGUUAAUCAAUUAUUAUAGCAACAUGAUUUUUUAAGUUUUUGUUGUAUUUGAGUCCAGUAUACAUGUAUCCUGCUUAUUUAUUUUAAACGUUUCGAAUUUUGACGUUUUUUGCUUUGUACAACCGAAGACAAAUCACCAAUCAUCCCAAGAUGAUUGAAACACUUGGAGCAACAACAGAUGCUGUUGAAUUCCUUGACCAGUUGCAUGUUUUAUUGGAACAAGAAGCAAAGUAUAUGCCAAACAUGUAUGGCCUGAGGUUAAUAGAGUCUGCUCAUGAUAACUGCCUCCGUAUGACUGCAGGACUGAGGGAUUUUGAAGUUAAGGAUCUCCUGAGCUUAACUCAGUUCUUCAGUUUUGGUACAGACACGUUUUCUGUAGCAGUGAAUUUGCUUGAUCGUUUUUUGGCUAAAAUGAAGGUGCAGCCCAAGCAUCUUGCUUGUGUUGGACUGGUGUGCUUUUAUCUGGCUAUAAAAGCAACUGAAGAAGAGAAGAAUGUACCACUAGCCAUGGACCUGAUCCGAAUAAGUCAGUGUAGAUUCACAGUGUCUGACAUGGUGAGAAUGGAAAAGAUUGUGCUGGAGAAGCUGUGUUGGAAGGUCAAAGCUGUCACUGCCAUCAGCUUUCUGAGACUGUAUUACAUGCUCGUAGUUGAAAAUUCAUCAUCAUGUGAGAGGGUGAAGAUGCUUAAUCUUGAAAGGCUUGAAGCUCAGCUUAAAGCUUGCCAUUGCCAAUUUGUUUUUUCCAAAGCAAAGCCUGCAGUUUUAUCUUUCUCUAUAUUGGCACUUGAGAUCCAGGAACAGAAGCUGCAUGAGCUGACUGAAGUAUUGGAGUGUUUGCAGAGUCAUUCUGAUAUCAGCAACAAAGAUCUUCACUGCUGGAAAGAGCUGGUAUCAAAAUGCCUUGCAGAGUAUUCCUCACCAAAGUGUUCCAAACCAAAUGCCCAGAAGCUUAAAUGGAUUGUCUCUGGGAGAACAGCAAAACAACUAAAACACAGCUAUUACAAAAUUGCUCGCCUUCCCACAAUUCCAGAGACGACUUUGUAAGUCUAGGUGUCUACCAGCAGAUGGCCUUUAAUUUUUUCAUAUGCACAUUUAAAGGAAGACUAGUAGAAAAGCCAGAAGGAUGUAGACUACUGUUAAAUUCACUAUAAUAUUGGGCUCACAAAAGAAGCAAGACCAUCGUAGAUGUUACUGUUCUCACUGCGCAUCUCCGGCGUCGUAGACUAGCAGGGGAUCAUCACAGCAGGAUACAUUUCGGACCCUCCGCUGAUGAAGUACAUUCAGGAAGCCCUUAUAAAGCUGAUGUGUAUAUUCAUAAUUCCUGGAAAUCCUGUAUUUCUCUAACUAGGCAAACACACAGCAAUAAGAUUGUCAGUGUUCUUAAUGAAUUCGUAUGCCAAAGGAAGUGGGUAUGUUCAGACUGCUAGAGGGGCUGGAGUUUACUGUUUAUAUAUAAAAAGGAGGAGUGAGAACCACCACAUUGGCAUAAUGAGGUGGGUUUUGAUGUGUAGAUGGAAAAAGAAUGGAAAGAAACUUGUGAAAUUGCCAUACUCUUAGUGGAGUGUAGGAGGAAGGCAAAGCAGUCCAUUUAGUUAGAAGUUACAAUGUUAAAAGAUGAAUACUGUAGUUUGACUGUUACCCUAUGCACCUUCACUUACAUUUUGCUUAGACUACAUUUUUUAUAAUGUUUUGAGUUGUGGUAUAUUUUAAUUGGCUACCAGGAAAAAAUAUAUGUUAAGCCAUUGUCAUCUUUUUUUUUUUUUCUUGCACUUUUAUCACUUUUAAUGUUUUACAAAUUUUAAUGUAUUGUUAAGAGACUAUGCAAGUUGAUUGGUCUAAACAAAAUGAGCUUUGUCUAAGCAUGAGCAACUUUGAAAUUAGCUGUAAACUACAUAGAUUGUAUUCUUGUGUAUGAUACUUGCUAGUUUAUUGCCAAGUCACAUGGCAACUGACUUGUAUUCCCAAACUGAGCCUGUUGCAGUGUACAUUUUGCACGAUUUCUGUACCUAGGUAAUUUUAAUUUCUUUCCCAGGCGAAAGUGCAGAUGACUUUUGUAGGUAUUGUUCACCUUAACCUGGUAUAAGCAGUAGUGGCAUUCUGGCUGCUUUUUGUUCUGGAAGGCAGGAUGUUUUACUGUAAUACCCAUGUGCAGUUACCCUGUUAAGGUAUUUGUGUAGCAAUAGUAUUAAGGCUCGAAGAUUUAUACACACAACAGACAAAAUAACCCUAUAUCUGUUUUUCUCUCAAUCCAUCCGUAUGUGUACAAAAUGGAAUAACUGUAUACUGCUCCUUUUGUCAGCAAGCUGCAGUGUUUUGUACAUUUACUGCAUUCACAAAAACUUGGUUACAGAUUUGUCUGGCAAGUGUGCCGUGAUUGCUUUUGCAUGGCCAAAAACAUUUUCAAAAGAAAAAAAAAACACUGUAGUGUCUUAAACUUCUGUUUUUAUUUUUAUCAUUUUAUCAAAUGAGUUUCUCUGUUUACAAAACUUUCAGGGUUGGAAAUAUUUGGUGCAGCUGUGCUCUGUCUAGACUCAAUAGAUAAGCAGCCUUAUUUGUUGAUUUGCAGUAUGGUAGUCUUAUGUUUUUCUCCGGUACAGGUUCUGAUUUGUAGAAAAUUCUGGGCCAUCGUAGUGAUAUUUUCCAUACGUGGAGUUUGGAUUUGGGUGGUAUAAAGACAGGUUUCUUUUUGUAAUCUGUGGUUCAAGCACAUCACAUUUGAUAAUUUCUUUUCAAUACCAUAUUCAGAAGUAUUGCAGGAUUUCACCUAUUCAUAAACAUGCAGUUUGUUGAUUGGACAAGUUAGAGACUGCAUUUUCUGCAGCAACAGAACAAGUUCUGCCCUAGGUUUGUUUUAUUUUAGUCCUGAGAGUGUUUCAUGGUUAUGCUAAUGUUGUUUUAAGUGUAUUUGGAGAUAGAUUCUGUAAAAUCAAAACAGGAAUACCAGUUUGAAAAUAAAAGUAAUUAUUCUCUUCUCAUGAAGUGAAAUAUCCCAGAAAAUGCACUGAGUUUUAGAAUGUUAACUUGCUGUCUCGAGUCCUAAUACAACAUUCUAUUUAUUAUGUGGGUGGAGAAAGAGGUUCUUGACCUUUGACUCUGCUGCUGCUGAGAGUUGUAUUAUUUUUGUUUUAACAAGAGAUCUUUUUAUACUUUUAUGUGAAUGGGCUAGGUAGUACAUUUUUGUGAAUGGGGCAAAAGCAGCCUAUGAUUUGUCCAUAAAAGGAGAAUUUUGAAAUCAAGCAUUGUGCCUUUCAAUAAAUGUAUUGAGAAGAAAA